GUCUCUUGCCUUAAAGACGUGGGACCCAGGGGUCACAGGGAAGCUCCUGGAACAAGCCAUUGAUAUAGGUCUAUGAGUCUUCAUCUCUGUGACCUGCACCUGCCUGUCCUGCCUGUGUUCCCAAGGAAACUCAGCAUGGAUCCUACCGAGACCAGCCAGGGCCUCCACCUCCCUGACAGCGCUCAGUCCCAAAGGGAGGCAAGAGGUCUGGUGGGAGCCCAGGUCCCCAUAUCUGAGGCAGGGGAGGAGGAGGCCACUGCCACCACCUCGGGGGGUGUGUCUUUUGGAAGAAUGCUGAGGUCUCCCCACAGUGCUCAGAGAGCCUCCUCUUCUCCCACCGCCAUGGGCUUCAUUGCAGUGGCAUCAUCUGCUCAGGCCUUUGGCAAUCAAGCUAGCCAUGUGGCUAAUCCCGAGCCUCCACUGCAGAAUGGGCUCAAUAGCAAGAUCAUGGAUUUGGUUCUCUUCCUACUCCUCAAGUACAGGAGCAAGGAGAUAACAACUAAGGCAGAAAUUCUGCACAUGGUCAUCGGAGAUCAUGAGGCACACUAUUCUGUGAUCUUUACGAAGGCCGCUGACUGCAUGCGGCUGAUGUUUGGCCUUGAGAUAAUAGAAAAUAACCCCCUUGGGAACCCUCUUGUCCACCCCUACUCUCUUGCCCAUGCUCUUGGGAUCACCUAUGAUGAGAUGCAGCAUGGUUUCCCAGGCAUACCCAAGACAGGCCUUGUGAUAGUCAUACGGUGCAUCAUCUUCAUAGAGGAUGACUGUGUCAGUGAGGAGGUGUUGUGGAGUAUAUUGAACAGGAUGGGGCUCUAUGCUGGGAGGGAUCAUUUCAUGUGCGGGGAGCCCAGGAAACUCAUCACUGUGCAUUUUGUGCAGGAAGGGUAUCUGGAGUACAGGCAGGUGCCAGAUAGUGAUCCUCCCAGCCAUGAGUUCCUGUGGGGCCCAAGAGCCCAUGCUGAAACCACCAAGGUGAAAGUCUUGAAGUUUUUUGCCAGAGUUGUUAAGCAGGAUCCCAUAUCCUACGUUUUCCCUAUGCAGAGAGAUGAGAUUGAGAGGUCUGAGGCCAUGAUCCCCCCAACAGUGGCACUCCUGCCCUGACCAGCACACAUUCUAGUGCACUGGCAAUUUCCAACCAACAUCAGGUCGGGCAGAGUCACAUCUAAGAGCUGUACCCUCAUUGAACUGCUGGUCGGAGGAGUCGGGAACCUUUUCUUCUUCUUGUUCUGACUGGGUGAUUUGGGCAUUCUUGGUAUUUCUAAAUGUUGCUACUUUUACUGAAAGGUUCAUUAGGUGGAGAUGUUUUCAUUUUACAAAUGUAAUUUGUAAAUCACACAUUGUUUAUGCUGAUUAGGAGAAUUUUAUCAUUCUGUAAACACUUGAGAAUGACUCAUAUCUAACUUGUAACAUGUUUCAAGAUACUGUGGCAUUCUAAU